CUCAAUUCAACGUCGCUGCUAAUCAUUUCCAUUAAUCAACCCCCACCAUAGCCAAUUAUUCGGAAAAAUGGCGACACCACAAGAAAAAGCAGAAGCCCUCGUCAGCGUCCUUGAAAAAUACGGACAAGGAGAUUACAUCGGCGAAUCCAUCAGCCAGCUUGAACAUUCCUUACAAGCAGCUCACCAAGCUCAAAGAUCCGGUAGUCGCGACGAACUCGUUCUUGCAGCUCUCUUACAUGAUAUCGGCCAGAUAAUUCCUUUAGAAGAAACGAAAGAAGUGCGCAUGAACCUGAGUCAAGAGAGUACCGAAAAUGUCGGACGCAUCGGCCAUGAAAUUAUUGGCGCGCAGUAUUUGCGCUCUAUAGGAUUCAGUGAGAUUGUCUGCCGACUAGUUAACAGCCAUGUCGCAGCGAAAAGAUAUUUAACCGCCGUGAAUAAAUCAUAUUAUGACUCUCUUUCAACUGCAUCGCAGAAAUCUCUAGCCUUCCAGGGUGGUCCGUUCCAAGGGCACGAGCUUACAGCCUUUGAACAGGACCCGCUCCGUGACGAGAUGGUUUCGCUAAGGCUGUGGGAUGAUGCCGCCAAAGUCGUUGGUGUUGAGGAUAGUACGCCGCGUGCAAGGGCUUAUUUGGAUACGAUGGUGGCGCACUUGGGUAGAUUGUAAAUCUAUUGUAUUUUACUAUGUAUACCUUGCUGAAAGGGGAUGUUACUAAAGUAUAAAUUCACUUGUGCCG